CUUUUACGCGUAAAUUAUUAUUAAAACCUUAAAUUAAAUUAUUUUCACUAUUUUAAUUAUCGAUGGCUUAUUUAGAGGCGGAAAAUUUGUGAUUGAAAAUUUUUUCUUGUCUGAGAUGCAUCAAACAUGAAUGAAGGUGAUUCAGCAGGAGGGGGGCAGCAAGGGCAUAGCCCGGCCCCUCCUGCUGUGCCAGACCGCAGAUCAACUAUACCAACAACAACAGUUUCAAUAGCAUCUUUACAACCCUCUUCGUCUUCUUUGUCCACAUCAUCAUCAUCAUCUUCAUUGAUCUCUUUAUCAUCUCAAAAAAAUUCAACAAUUGUUGAUAACACAACUGCAAUAUCAUCUAGUUUUCAACAAGUCUUUAAUCAACAACUUGGCAUACAAAAUCUAACAACAUCAGCAGCAGCAGCAACAAGUAGUGGAUCUGCGGUAUCGUCAUCAUUAUCAACUAAUUCUAAUUUGUCACAACAUCAAUUACAACAACAACAACAACAACAUCAUCAACAACAACAGCAUAUGCAAACAUUGAGAUUUGCAACUGCAUCAAGCAACACUUCUAAUAAUAAUAAUCAACAACAACAACAGCAACAUCAACGUAUUCAACAAAUACAACAACAACAACAAACAACGGCGUUAAAUAGUUCCUACAAUAAUAAUAAUAACAGUUCAGUGAGUAGUAGUAACAGUCCAGGAGGUAGAUCAGCAGGAUUUCCUGCUAGCAGCAACGUUAAUCUGACACCAACACCGACUGGCUCUUCAUUGGCAGCAUAUAGUAACAGUCCAACGGCGCAGUCACCAAAUCAAUCGCCGUUAAGUAAACGCAUCAAGCUAGAGCUACCGGACGGCAGUAGUGCGGGGUCAACGUCCCUGCCUACCAUUGCCGUUCCCUCUAUUCCAAGUGAUUUCAACGCGCUGAAGAAACGAAUUUUGGAACACAAAUAUUCACGUAUAAGAAGCUUAAAAGAAAAAUACUCUGAAAAUGUUGCCGAAUUAUUUUAUCUACAAAGCGGUGGUAAUAUGAUGGACUAUCCCACGUGGAGAAAGAAACCACCAAGCCCGCAGUUUAUUAGCUUUAGCAAUGCAUAUCGGUUAGAUCAAUUAGUCAGUGAGGAGACUAAAUCGCUUCAGAAUACGCAAUCUCAGAACAUAGGUCAGCAGGGCGCUGCUUCAUCAACUACACUUCCAUCGUUGAUAACACCAUCCACCGCAUCCUCGCAAUCAACAUCCGUAGUAUCAACAGUAGCAAGUAGUUUCCCACAAGGAGCCGAAAUAAAAAUUCCAGCUGUUGGAGCAACACCUGUGGCGGUUUCAACCCAACUACCAGCAGCGGUGGUUCAGUUGACACAGCAAGGUGGAACCCCACUAGUACCUAGUGUAUCUGGUAGUUCUAGUGUAUCCGACAAACGUAGAUCAAUAUCAAAUGCUGGCCCUGUCACAGCUGCCACUCCAUCGCAAACAACAACCGCAACAACACCCGCAUCUGCAACUUUAACACUACCAUCCGCACCAUCAACAUCGGUUGUUGCUGCCGCCGCAGCAGCAGCAGCUGCUGCUGCGAUCUAUACAACCACAAACAAUGGUGCAACAACAUCCGCUGCAACAGGUGCGGCAGGAGUAUCGCAUGCACAAAACUCACCCGCGCCAACAACACCCAAUGCAUCGUCGGGCAAUGGAGCUGGUCAAGAAUUCUCCUUCAAAGCUAAGCAAGAGGUGUACGUGAUGCAGCGAAUAUCUGAACUACAGAGAGAGGGACUAUGGACUGAAAAACGCUUGCCAAAACUUCAAGAACCCAGUCGGCCCAAAGCUCACUGGGAUUACUUGCUGGAAGAAAUGGUAUGGCUGGCCGCUGAUUUCGCUCAGGAGCGUAAAUGGAAAAAGAAUGCGGCUAAAAAAUGUGCCAAAAUGGUGCAGAAGUACUUCCAAGAUAAGGCGAAUGCAGCGCAAAAGGCCGAAAAAGCCCACGAAUUACAUCUGAAGCGAGUGGCUGCUUUUAUAUCCAAAGAGGUCAAGAUGUUCUGGUCGAAUGUUGAGAAGCUUGUGGAGUACAAGCAUCAUACAAAACUCGAAGAAAAACGAAAAAAGGCUCUCGAUCAGCAUUUGAGUUUUAUUGUCGAUCAAACUGAAAAGUUCUCACAGCAGCUGGCAGUUGGUAUGAACAAAAGUGUAAUGGAAACCAGCGCGGCACCCAGUAUCAAUUCCAGUCGUAUAUCGUCACCAAAAAGAGAGACUGCUUCGGACGAUGAAUUUCGACCAAGCGAAGAAGGAUCUGAGGAUGACGAAGAGACCAUUGCCAAGGCAGAAGAAGAAGCUGCGGAUGUUAAUGAAGAAGUGGCAGCUUUGGAGAAAGAAUCCCAAAUGGAUUUGGAUGAUUUCUUGAAAGGUCUACCCAAGGAUUAUCUUGAGAAUCGUGAUAAAAUUGUUCUUGAAGAGAACAAAAAAGACGAUGAAGAGGGUGAAGAUGACGAGGAUGACCAAGAAUUCCAAGCUCAAGAUGAACCCAGUGAAGACGAUGAGAAUACCAUAAGUAAGCAGGAGGCUGACGAGGCAGACGUCGACCAUAAAAAGGAAUUGGAUGAAUUAGAAGCUGACAACGAAAUGAGCGUAGAAAAGCUUUUGGAAAAAUACAAAUCUGGUAAAAUGGAUUCAACGUCAAAAAUGGAAUUGGAUUCUGAUGACGAUGAACAAACUGCUGAUUCAGAUGAUGUCGAAACAGAAGAAUCGGAAGACGAAACUAUGGUCGAUGAAACAGCAGAAUCUUCAGCGUCCGAAGAUAACGAACAGGACGGCUUGAAAAGCUUAAUUGAAGAUACUGAAAACAAAGAUGACAUUUUCAAAGAUGCAGCAGCUCUGGCUGAGAGUAUACAACCGAAAGGUAAUACUUUGUCUUCCACAAAUGUUGUGACACCGGUGCCGUUCCUUUUAAAGCAUUCCCUGCGAGAGUAUCAACACAUUGGCCUAGAUUGGUUAGUGACAAUGCAUGAUCGCAAAUUGAAUGGCAUUCUUGCCGAUGAAAUGGGUCUUGGCAAGACAAUACAAACCAUAGCUUUGCUUGCCCAUUUAGCAUGUGUCAAAGGUAAUUGGGGACCACAUUUAAUUGUUGUACCCUCAUCUGUGAUGUUAAAUUGGGAAAUGGAAUUCAAAAAAUGGUGCCCAGGAUUCAAAAUUUUAACCUACUAUGGUGCACAGAAAGAACGCAAAUUGAAACGAGUUGGUUGGACAAAACCAAAUGCGUUUCAUGUGUGCAUCACAUCGUAUAAGUUGGUUGUGCAAGAUCAACAAAGUUUUCGUAGGAAAAAGUGGAAAUAUUUAAUUUUGGAUGAGGCACAAAAUAUUAAGAAUUUCAAGUCACAAAGAUGGCAAUUGCUGUUGAAUUUUUCCACAGAACGGCGCCUCUUACUAACUGGAACACCAUUACAGAAUGAUUUGAUGGAAUUAUGGUCAUUAAUGCAUUUUUUAAUGCCAUAUGUUUUUCAAUCACAUCGAGAAUUCAAAGAAUGGUUUUCUAAUCCCAUGACAGGAAUGAUAGAAGGAAAUUGUGAAUACAACGAGACUUUAAUAAGUCGUUUGCAUAAGGUAAUUCGUCCAUUCCUUCUUCGUCGGCUGAAAAAAGAAGUCGAAAAGCAAAUGCCCAAGAAAUACGAACAUGUUGUAAUGUGUAGAUUAUCCAAUAGACAGCGGUAUUUGUAUGAAGACUUUAUGAGUCGCGCAAAAACACGUGAAACCCUAUCGACGGGUAAUUUCCUUAGUGUGAUCAAUGUCCUAAUGCAACUGCGAAAAGUGUGCAAUCAUCCCAAUUUGUUUGAAGUGAGGCCAACGAUAUCACCCUUUCAUAUGGAAGGAAUAUCGUAUGCAGCGCCAAAUCUUGCAUAUGGUAUUAUGGACUAUGAUCCAUUUACUCAAAUUGAUUUAAAUUCCAUAAAUCUUAUGUUAAUCAAUUUGGAGAUAACACUUACUGCAUAUGUGUCACAUAAAGUUCGACUACUUGCACCGCAAAGGAAGUUAAUCGAAGAAGUCGAUCAAUUACCCGAACCACCACCGCGUUGUCCAACAGGCAAAUAUAAAUUCCACAUUCGAAUACGUGAUACUAAUGUGCAACAGAGUAUAACAACGCACAGCAGUAGUAGUGGUUCAGUUAAAGUGGGCACAAGUCCAGCCAUGAAGACUGAAGGAAACAAACUGGUACCAGUUUGUAAUUUAGAAAAUAAAUUAAAGAAAACCAAUAGUAUUAAUCCAACAAAUCCGAUAAAAUUGUUAACGUCCGAAAGUAAUCAGACAAUGGCAACAACAGUUGUGACAUCAUCAACGGGCGGCAGAUUGGUCAAUCCAUUGCUUCGUCCGGUGAAUGGAAGUGCCACUACAACUGCGGCAACUGGGACAGGACCAACGCAAAUAGCUAAAAUCGUUCAAAUGAAGGGCGGAAAGCAGCAUUUUGUGUUGACACCAGCCGUUGGUGGCAGUGGACAUAGAAUUACGCUAGUGUGUAAGACAGGAAACAACCUGGUGACGACGGGUAAUGUGAUAUCAUGUGGGAAACCACUGACAACAGCAGUAAGUGCAGUAACAACGAACAAUUUGGGGGCGCGAUCAGCUAUCGCAGCUACCAGUGUGGUCUCAAAAAUGUCCACAACAACGACGACGGCGACCUCAAGUUCGGUGAGCGGGGCAGUUGACUCAGGACUGGUUAAAGCGCUGGCGCAGCAAGUCAAAUCUACAGCCCAGUCUGCAUUGUUGAAAAGUGCGGCUGCUGCGGGAAUUGAAAAAAUGGAAGUAGAUGAAGACGAUGGCGAAGAAAAUGAUCCAGCAUUCGACAUGUCAGCAAUAAAGCAGAUCCUCAAGGAACGGCGACAGAGUCGUUUGAAUUUGAUGGCUCGUAUUAAUCACCGUCGUUGUGAUGCAACUCCUAUUUACGGAGAAGAUUGCAGAGAGACGAUAUCAAGUGCAAGGCAACCCAUUAGAAAAAUGGACUUUAGCACUUGGCAAACGAGUAGCUUUGCAAAUUGCCAGACCGCAAUGAGUCGACGUGACAGUUGGACUCUCACCAAGAUUAUCAAGUCUUAUGUGGACAGAACACAAGAGCUAUUGACUACGUUCAAUAACUUUGUGAUAUUUGUGCCGCCAGUGUCGUCUCCGCUGCCCCAAUUGCAUGUCCAUCAUAUGCAUCCUUCAUCGAUCAAUGCCGAUCGAAUUCGAGAGCAGUGUAUUGUGAAUGAAAUUUCCCCCAAAUUGUCACUCCUGCAUCCAAUUAUCUCGGCAAUGAACACACAGUUCCCUGAUCCACGACUGAUUCAGUACGAUUGUGGAAAAUUACAAACUCUGGACCGUCUCCUGCGUACUCUUAAAUCUGGUCAACAUCGUGUGCUCAUAUUCACACAAAUGACUAAGAUGCUUGAUGUUUUGGAAGCCUUCUUGACGCAUCAUGGACACAUUUAUUUGCGAUUGGAUGGUUCGACGCGUGUCGAACAGCGGCAAAUUCUGAUGGAGCGUUUCAAUGGCGAUAAGAGAAUAUUUGUGUUCAUUCUUUCAACUCGUAGCGGUGGUGUUGGCAUCAACUUGACCGGCGCUGAUACUGUGAUAUUUUACGAUUCGGACUGGAAUCCAACAAUGGACGCUCAAGCGCAAGAUCGUUGCCAUCGCAUUGGACAAACACGAGAUGUGCAUAUCUACCGUCUGGUCAGUGAAAAGACUAUCGAAGUGAAUAUCCUCAAGAAGGCCAAUCAAAAGCGUAUGCUUAGUGAUAUGGCAAUCGAAGGUGGUAACUUUACGACAACAUUCUUUAAAAGUACCACGAUCAAAGAUUUGUUUGAUCUUGAUCCGGCGGAGGGUACUUCAACCAGUGAACCACAGCCAUCCUCAUCCAAACAAGUCACUGAUGGUCAAGCUGUUGUUGCGAUGCCAAUUCAAUCCGAUAAGGAAAAACAAUCAUUGCGCGCAUUCGAGACUGCUUUGGCUAAUGUUGAAGAUGAUUUGGAUGUGGAGGCGACAAAGAUCGCGACUGCAGAGGCCGAUGCAGAUCUGGAAGAAUUUGAUGAAAAUAUACCUUUGGAAGAAACGGAUAAGCAGCCGGGACCAGAGAUGAGUAAAGCCGAUCUGGAAGUUCAGAAUCUUGUUAAGCAGUUAAGUCCAAUUGAACGAUAUGCUAUGCGUUUUGUCGAAGCAACUGGCGGAGCAUGGACAGCUGAACAAUUACGUGCUGCCGAAGCUGAAAUCGAAGCCCAAAAACGCGAAUGGGAAGCCAAUCGAUUGGCUGCUUUACAAAAAGAAGAAGAAAUGCUUAAAGCCGAAGCUGAAGCUGAUGAAGUCCUCACAUACAGUCGGAAGGAUGCCAAGAAUCAGAUUUGGAUUUCUGACAAUACAAUGGAACAAAUGCCGAUGUGGUGCCCACCAACUCCACCACAAAAUGACAAUGAUAUCUACAUCGAUCAUUCAUUGGGUUUUAUGUAUGAUACAGAAGUUCUCACCGAAUCGCAUUUGCCACCAGUUUAUGUUAAAAAAGAAUACAAACGUUCUCGUACCGAUGCUGGUUUUCUUCUCGAUGGCCGCCGGCCACCGAAAAUCCGCAAAGAUGACAAUUUCAUUGCACCUCGCUCGUUAUUCGAUCGACCAUCGGGUGCUGUUGCCAAAAUUCGUCGUGAUCUCAAGCUGCAACGUUAUCGUGGUAUAUUCAAACCCAAUGUCCAAAUACCUGGUUUGAAGCCACAAACAACAACUAAAAGUCUUGUCGAGCCUGAAGGAAUGGUUGAAUGGAGUAUCUAUGAGGAUAUAGCCAUUGUGCAUGUUCUAUCAAAUUUACAAGGUUUGCCAAUUAAUUUGAUGCUCUUAUCGCCCGGACACACUCCCAACUGGGAUUUAGUAGCUGAAAUUGUGAAUAUGUAUUCUAAAACAUAUCGCUCGCCAAAGCAUUGCCGUUGGCGUUACGAGGCUGUUAUUGUACCCCGUGAAGAGGGUAAACUCCUUGAAAGUCCCAAGAAACAAAAGAAAAUAAAAUCAGCAAUGAAGGCAUGUAUUAAGGGAGGUGUCAAGUCACUGCGUACAUCGCAAAACUUUAUUGCCGAUAAUAAUAGUUCAUUUAGCAAGCUAAUGAAAUCCAAAUUUGAUAGUAUCAAAACAGCUUUCCUAAAGAAAGCACCUCCCCCGAAGAGGCACUUUAGUGCACCAAGUCCAAUGAAUCCCAAACAUGCUGAGGUUUUGAAAGAAUUCGGUAUUGCCAACUAUGAUAAUCCAUUGAGUCCGCGUAAUAUUGCAAUGUUAAAGGCAAAUAAGAUGAGGGAAAAACAACGGACAACCAUGCAAUUGCCAGCACAAAGUCGAGGAGUUCCUGUAGCAACUCCCAAUCAAGAGAUUGUAAGCCAUGCUUCACAACAACAACAACAGCAAACGCAGCAACAAGCACCACAACAAAUUCCUCAGCAGAUUCAAGUUCAGCAGGGUACCAGCGGUCAGCAGACGGCAAUUGUUCUUCAACAAAGCCAACAGCAAAUGCCAAAUGUAAUUCAACAACAAGGCGGACAAAUAAUGCAGACCAGAGCAGUUCACCAACAAACAACGCAAAUUAUGAAAGCCAUCGUGACUCCCCAAUCUGGUUUGCUCCAUGGGCAAAUUCAGCAACUAACACAGUCGGGAGCACAACAGAUUCAGCUUCAGCAAUCUGGAAACAUGGUCACCCCAUCAUCGGUGUCUGUGGUUCUUACAACUCCUGUUUCGACUAUCUCCAAUGUCCAACACCAAGGCACUCAAUCGGCGCAGAUUGUUUCAAUUCAACCUCAGAACAUAGUUUCUUCGGCAUCUUUGGUGUCGUCGCAGUCACAAAUGGCAACUCUCGUUCAAACUUUGCCAUCACAGAGCAUGCCACAGGUAGUAUCGGUAUCGCAAUUGGCAACAGUCGGCACAGUACUUACCACAUCGGCAAACAUGCAACCAAAUGCAACAGUGACUACAUUGAAUACAUCUGCUCUGAGGGCCCAAAGAAUUGUCGCUGCUCCUGGAUGCUUACAGGAUGUAGUUCUGCAACAACGGCCAAACUCUCAAAGCCCCACAAUUGUUUCUAUGAAUAGUCUUGGGCAGACUGUGACACAAGCGCAAUUCCAGGGAGCUCAAUUGCGUCUCUCCAUGCCAGGAUCACAGCAAGUUGUCACCAAGGGCAUUCCGGUGAGUUCAUUGCAGCAAACUGGUAAAAUCACCAAUCAGCCUGCUCAGAUUCAGCUCUAUCGUCAGCGACAACAGCUUAAGGUCUUACAAACACCCGGUCAAGGUGGGCAGGUUGUCCAAACAUCUGGUGGACAAACAACUUUAGUGAAUGCAGCUGGAACACUCAUACAAGGUGGUGUCGUUCAAACUGGUCCAGUUCAAGUGCAAGGUCAAAAGGUAUCUGUAGCUACUGUCAGCGCUGCCAAUGUGACCCCUGGAGGUGCUCCUGGUGUUGUCACCUCAGUAGCAACUGUUCAAGUGGCUCACAAUCAGGGUCGCACGCAAUUUAUCAAACAAGUUGGAGGCAAACAAACAAUUGCUCGUCAGGUGAAUGAUAAUGAAAUGUUGCUGGUCAAGCGGCAGGUUAUAGCACAACCAAAGACUCAAGUCUUGCAACAAGGUCAAAUUUUGACCCCCGCUAAUGUUCAAAUUCAACAACAACCUGGUACAUCUGGUCAGCAGCAAAUUGCAACUUUGGUCAAGACGUCAUCUGGCCAAAUGACCACAACAGCUCAAGGUGGUACCAUCAACAUGGCUUUGUCACAUGUCAAGCCGGGAGGUCAAAUCAAAGUGACUAUGGCCAAUCAAUCACAAAUGAGACAAUUGCAUAUGCAACAACAUCUGGCCAUAGCGCAGCCAAGAAAAUUGAGUAAAAUGACUCAGAUUGCACAAGGUGGACAAGUUGGUCAGAAACCUGGUGUUCAAACGCAAUUGGUACAUAUUCAGAAUACCAAAACUUUACCUGGGUCAGUGACUGUGCAACAAAUUCAACAGGUAAUGCGUCAAGGACAGCAGGGAACUCUAUCAGCUGCUGGCUUGGUUCUAGGAAAGACAAGUGUUGGGCGAGUGAUUCCAGUUUCGGUGGCGUCACAAGCAAAUGCAAGGCAAACUAUUCAGGUUGUCUCGGCGUCCUCUGCACAAGCAUUGACUGCAGGAAAUAUUCGAGCACAUGUAACCUCAGGUCAAAAUAUCGCAGGAACCAUUAAAGUAGCUCAAGGAGCAACUCAAGCUCAAACUCAACAAGCUCUAAUCAAUGCUAUACAAAACCAACAAGGCCAACGCCAGAAUGCCAGUCCAGCUCGCCUCCAAACCACCUCUGGUGGCAAUCUUGUUGCAGUAACUGUGCAACAAUCACAAGGCAUGCAACAACAACAAGUAAAUGUUUCUUCAAUGAGUCAAAUGGGUGGCAAUGUGCAAGGAAUCAAUACAAAUGCAUCCUCAUCUGGAGGACAAACAACAGAAGUUGGAUCUAUUACCAUCACUACACAGCAACAACAAACCCAAUCCCAGAACAUGCAAUCUGUUCAGCAACAACAACAACAACAGCAGCAGCAACAAGCCCAGCAACAACAACAAACAACACAACAACAGUUGCAAAUGCAGGGUAAACAUUUAUUUUUUUAAGUAAUUUUUUUUUUUAUUUCAUUUUUUAUUCUGUGUUUCAAUAAUUUGUGUAUCAAUAUAAUUAAUAACGCACAAAAAAAAACAAUGGUUCUAGUGUCGAGAGAAAACGAAAUUUUUUAAAUUCACAAAAUUUAAACAAAAUUUAAAGAACAAAAAAAAAACAAAACUUUUGGAAAAUUAAUUGGCUGAUUUUUUUUUUUAAGAAAUUUAAUUGAAAGAUGAGAUGAUGAAAUGAAUAAAGUGGUGGGAUGGUUGGAUUUUUUUUGCAAAUUCGAAAAUGACAUUUUCAAGGCAUUUUUGGGGUAUCAGUUAUUAAAAAAAAUCAUUAAUGAUCUUUUUUGGCAAGAUUUCAAAUUAAAUAACAAAUUACAUAUAAGAAACAUGAGAAAUAUGGUAUAAGUCUAGUUGAAGUUUAAAUAAAAUAAUUAUCGUUGAAUUGUGAAGAAAAUAGAAAGCGGAGGAAUGUGAAUGUCUUUAAAAAAAAAAAAAAACAAAAUUCAAAGAACAUAAAAGAAUUCAAAAAAUUCAAUCAAGUAAAAUAAAAGAAAAUGAAACCGAAUCGAAAUAAAAAUCUCGAAUUCGAUAACUUUGCACUGUUUUUUGCCUUUUUUUUUAAUUUAAUCUUAAAAAAAAACUUUAUAAAUCAUAAAUUUAGCUAAUAAUCGCCUUUUUACUCUUAUUUAGUUAAGUUUGGACUCGCUGUUCUUAAAGAGAAAUUUAUAUCCUUUCAUAUUUAACUUAUUAUUCAAAUCGCUUUAAACAAAUAAAUUAAAAAAAGGUACUUUCGAGGUGAUAUUAGAUAUUUUGAGGACUCUCUUCUCUUAAUAAGAUUUCUGCUUUGUAUAUUUGGUUAGGGUAAAAAUAAAUAUCAAAGCGUUUAGUGCAGGAUGUAGUUCAAAGAAGUGGUUGUGGUUGUCUCAACUUUUAAUGAUAGGUAUCCUUGUUAUCAGUGUGUUUUAAAGAUUUUUUUGGUUGACUUAUGAACUUUAACGCAACUAUAAUACGGCAAUUUACCUUUACAUUUGCACUUGAAGAAAAAUUCAGUUAGUUGCUUAAAACUAUUUCGAAUUCGAAAUUUAAAUCAAAAUUUAAUCUAGAAAAACUUGGCGUGUCGUUAAGCUCUUUUUUUAUAUCAAAGUUUGCAAAGAAGGAAGUGGUUCAAUUUACCUUCGACUACACUUUUCAUUCAUCAUUUAUAUUAAAUAAAGUUGACUUCAAUUAUUUGAAACAUUAAUUCUUUAUUCCUGCAAUAUCUACCACGAAGCAGAUUCAAGCAGAAGAAAAAAAUUUCGUAUGAACCUUUUUUUUUUCUUCUGAAAGUAAACGAAUAAACGAUAUCUUUUGGAUUUUAUUGAGAAAGCGAGUUGAAAAAUGAAAAUGUUUGCUGUGUAACGUCUAACAAAAUUUGACAAUGACCAGCAAUAACGUACCCAACCAAAUUGGUUGCGUUCAUCCAUCAAGUUUUUUAAACUUAACUCCAAAUCUGCAUCGAAGUACAUAGCCCUAAGUGGUUCUGGUUCGUUAUACACGCAACUUUUUUUUAUGUACCGGUGUGUUAAAGACGUAUUGCGUAAAAGCGAUUCUCUACAAAGUAAAUGAUUUAUGUAGUUGCAUCAUCAAUUACCUAUAACUUUUUCUUUAAUUAAGUUUGGAACGAUCAAUUUUGCCUGAAAAAUAGCAAAACGGACAUUUUUGCUACAUAAACAUGUUAUAUAGCUCGAAUUUGUUCAUUUAGUUUGUUUUAAAAUUUAUUAUUCGUUCUUUAAAGAUCACCCACAGACGAACUUGAAAAAAAAAUAUGAGUUAUAUGAUGUAAAAAUUCAUAUUACAUUUAUGUAAAACGAUUUAAAAACGAACAUAAAUCACAAACAAAAAACUUUAUUGUAUUUCUGCACUUAAAAAUUAUGUAAUCUGCACCGCAUAUAGAAUCAUUCUCAUAAUUUUGAAAAUGCUCGGAGCCGGUUGAAUAUCAUUUUUUUUUAAUAUAUUUCCUUUACAUUAUGAUGGUAAAAAAAUAAUAAAUAAUAGGUGUAACUAACAUAAUACCAAAAAUUCCAACCACUCAUCACAAAAUCUAAAAUCUAGAACCAUUAUUAUGUUAAAUGUAAAAAAAAAAUAAAACAAAAA